AUGGAAGAUCGAGGGCAAGACCAUGGCUUGGAGAGAAAUGAACCAGUGAGGUCAAGGUGGACUCCAAAGCCUGAGCAAAUAAUCAUACUUGAGUCCAUCUUCAACAGUGGUAUGGUAAAUCCUCCCAAAGAUGAAACUGUGAGGAUAAGAAAAUUGCUGGAGCCUUAUGGUUCUGUUGGGGAUGCAAAUGUCUUCUACUGGUUCCAAAACAGAAGAUCGAGAUCUAGACGUCGGCAGCGCCAGAUUCAGGCCAGCCUUGCUGGAGAUCGAGGAGCUCAGGCACAUGCUGGUGGUGCAAUUCACUAUCAAAGUAACCUGAUGCCGCCUUCUGCUUUUGUUCCGUCUUCAUCUUCUUGCCUCGUCGGUUCCUCUUCAUCAUGCGGUGGUAUGAACGAUGAUGGUGUCGAUAAUCUCUUUUCAUUCUCCGGUCAAGUGGGUCUCCAGGAAAUGGAGAACAGCUCUGGUGUAACAUCAACCUUGUGCCCUUCAAACACCUCCAAUUUGCACUACCAAUCUGGAUGUGUUACGGUGUUCAUCAAUGGGGUUCCAACUGAGGUUCCAAAGGGGUCAUUUGACAUGAAAGCUAUGUUUGGCCAAGAUUUCGUGUUGGUCCAUUCCUCGGGAGUGCCUGUUCCUUUCAAUGAAUUUGGCUUCUCAAUGCAGAGCUUGCAACAUGGUGAAAGCUAUUUCCUGGUAAGCAUAGCUAGGUAGCA